AUGGAUACUUCCAACUGUCACAUAGGACAAGCUCGAGUCUUGUGUCCCGAGAAUAUUGCCCCGGAUGGUCUGGCACUACUACAAAAAACAUUACAGGUCGACGAGAAACGGGGUCUGACCCCUGAACAGCUCAUCGAAGUAAUCCCAGACUACGACGCGCUCCUUGUCCGUUCUGAGACAAAAGUAACCGCUGCCCUGCUCAAUGCGGCCCGGAAACUCAAGGUCGUCGCCCGUGCCGGAGUGGGUGUCGAUAAUGUCGACGUUCCCGCUGCCACCAAGCUGGGUAUCAUUGUCGUCAACAGUCCCAGUGGCAACAUUCAGGCCGCAGCGGAGCAUACAAUAGCCCUGUUGAUGAGCAUGGCCAGAAAUGUCCCCGAUGCUUGUGCCAGUUUGAAAGCUGGUAAGUGGGAGAGAAGUAGGCUUGUUGGUGUCGAGGUCAAAGGGAAGACCCUGGGCGUGGUAGGUUUGGGCAAAGUCGGACUGAUUGUGGCUCGCAUGGCUCGUGGCCUGGGGAUGAACGUCGUUGCCGCCGAUCCCUAUGCAUCUCAAUCCGUUGCGGCCGCUGCCAAUGUUCAGCUCGUCGAAUCCUUAUCCCAACUUCUCCCUGUCGCCGAUUUCCUCACCAUCCACACUCCCAUGCUGGCAUCGACUCGUGGCAUGCUCUCCACGUCCGAAUUGAACCAAAUGAAACGCGGGGCUCAUAUCCUCAACGUCGCUCGAGGCGGCAUCAUUGACGAAGAAGCUUUGCUGGCGGCCCUCGAAUCCGGCCACAUCGCUGGCGCUGCAAUUGACGUUUUCACCAGCGAACCGCCAGCUAAAUUCCCCGACUCUCCCGCUACCAAACUUGUCCAGCAUCCAAAAUGCAUUGCCACACCCCAUCUCGGCGCCUCGACCGUCGAAGCACAAGAAAACGUGUCAAUCGACGUUUGUGAACAAGUCCUCCAGAUCCUCGCCGGCGAUCUACCGCGCAGUGCCGUCAAUGCUCCCAUCAUCCUCCCGGCCGAAUACAAGACAUUACAGCCAUUUGUCCGCCUUGUCGAGAAAAUGGGUUCGCUAUAUACACAACACUUCACCUCGCCAAAACAGCCUGUCCUGCGGAACAUGAACACCUUCGACCUCAUCUACGAAGGCGAGAUCGCUCAAAUGUCAAGCACCAAGCCCCUAUUCGCGGCCUUGAUCAAGGGCCUCACCUCACCCAUUUCCGACGCCGAGGGCUUCAACGUCAACAUCGUCAACGCAGAGAUGGUUGCCAAGGAACGCGGCAUCUUCGUCAACGAGCAAAAGUCCCGCGACCCCAGCUCUCACUCUUACAGCAGUCUUGUCACCCUCGUCGCUCGUCCCGCCAGCCGCGCAUCGUCGCUGAGUCGGCAUACCGUUGAAUCAGAUCAAGAAGGUAGCCAAUACCAGAACCAAAACCAACAACACGUCAUCGCUGGCUAUUGCAGCGACAACCACCCCAUCAUCUCGCGCGUGGACCGUUUUGCAACUUCCUUCGUUCCCGAUGGCACACUGCUUAUCUGCCACAAUUACGACGAGCCCGGCAAGAUCGGCGUAGUCGGUAGCAUCCUCGGUCGCGAAGGCGUGAAUAUCAACUUUAUGAGCGUAGCACCAGUCACAUUUUCCCCUCUGAUGGUAGCUCCUUCCACCAAAAAGGAUAUGAUGGUGGCUUCACCAUCACUGCCUCCACAGCCCAAAGAAACAACAGAGGCCCUCAUGAUUCUCGGCGUCGAUAAGGAGGUCGGUGAGGCAGUUAAGUUGGAACUUGUCCGCGCCAAGGGCGUGUUGAGCGUGAGUUCUGUCACGCUGUAA